AUGAUAAAAAUAUUCUUCAUAUAUCUUAUUUUGGUUUAAGUAUUUGGAGAUGUGAUUAUUAAUUUGGAUCUUCAAUAUUAGUGUGAUUGCGAAUCAUUAUUGUAUGCAUCAGAAUGUAAAAUGAAGAAAUGUGAAUGGACUAAUGAUGGGAAAUGUACAACUAUUGCAUGUGAAGAGCAUUUAGAUAGAAAUUCGUGUAAAUCAAAUCUAAAUUGUGCUUGGUAUUAAGAUAAAUGUAGUACUUUCACAUAAUGUUCUUCAUAUAAAGUUGAUUCCUCAAUAGAUUGUGAAAAUUUGAGUAGUACUUGUCAUUGGAGUACAUUUAACACAUGUGUAGAUCAUGAGCCAAGUUUAACUUGUUAAGAACUUUAACAUUUAAAUUGUGAUGUUGGUAAAUAAGGAAAGUGUAUAGAAAUUUAAGGCAUAUGCAAAGAAUUUACAACAUGUGAAGAUGCUGCGAAGAAUGAAGCAUUGUGUAAAUAAGCAUCUCCAGCUUGUUAUAGUACUUUUAUUGAUGGAAAUCAUUAUUGUCCAUCCAUUAUGACAUGUAAAGAUUAGUUGUAAUUUGGUUGUGUUAAGGCAAAAAACAGAAUAAAUGGUUACGAAUACACUGUUUGUGAAAAAGAAUCAGAAGAAUAGUGCAAGAAUUGGGAUAUAGCAACUGCAAAUUUGGAAUCAUGCGUAACCAAAACUAAUUAUAAUUAUCAUUGGGUUGAUAAUGAAUGUAAAAAAUGUGAAUAGUCUCCUCCAUUAGCAGGCUUCCUAAUUUCUUCUUUCCUAAUUUGGAUUUUAAUGGAAUGA